GCUUCGCUCCAAAAUGCCGGCGUGCUGCUGCGCGGCGCAGGUGAGGGAAAGAGCGAGCUGCGCCGCCUGGCUUUUGUGGGCCCUGUGGUGCAGCCUGGCCGUGGCUCCGGCUUGGGGCUACGUGAUCGUGAAUUCGGUGUCCUGGUCGGUCCCCAACGAGGUGGAGGAGGAGAUGGACAGCUCCUCCAACGAGGAGGUCCUCCCGGCCCUUCUGGAAGACACGACCAGCCUCUGGAAGCAGAGCUACCCGGCCUCGGUGUACAAAGAGGAGGAGGAGAUGCGGUCCAGGCCGAGCCCGGGCAAAUCGAAGCCGCUCUCCUCUCCUUCCCGGAUGUUUUCCUACAGGAGAGCGGGCGCCAAAGGGGCGGAGAGCCUGGCGCCUCAGGAGCAAGCGGCCAGGACUGCCCGGUUCCUCGUGCAUGACAACGACUGGGGCUUCCUGGCGACAAAAUCCACGCAGGAAAAGAUGCAAGGAGCUCCAUUUGGGAAUUUUUUAUCUAUCAGUGAUGGCCCUACAGACAAUAGCACUGGAACUCCUUUCUUUUAUGUGACUCCAAAGGGCACCACUGUAGUAGAUCUGAUGAAAAACUCCAUUGCUUCACUGACGCUGCCAGAGGCAGAAGGGGAUUUCUGCAGGAAAACUAUAGUUGAUCCUGAUGAUCCGCGGUGUGCCAGGCUUAUUUUGACAGGACAGAUGGUCACAGUUCCUCCGGAAGAAAUAGAAUUUGCCAAACAAGCAUUGUUUUCUAGGCACCCUGUCAUGAGAAAAUGGCCUCGCAGUUAUGAAUGGUUCUUUAUGAAAAUGAACAUAGAGCUUGUUUGGCUUCAGAACUGGUAUGGAGGAAUUACUACCAUUGCACCAGAGGAAUAUUUCAGAGCAGUUCCAAGUAAAACUUGAUUGAACUUCCAAAUAGAAAAAAUCAGUGUUUUUCAUGUUUACUUUGGAAACAAACUGUUUUAUAGAACAUAUCACCAAGUGUUUGUUGAGCAAGGUGUUUGGGAUUUGAUUUUUUUUGUACAGUAUUCAAAUGACUCCAUCUUCCUUAAUUGACCUGAACAACAAACUCUUGCCAUUUAAGGCUGGAAAUGCAUUGUAUUAAGCUUGUCUUUAGGUGUUUUGACUCUUUUGGAUUUUUAUACUCAUGUAUCCCACAUGAUAAUGAUAAUAUAAGCUAAUUACAAUUUCUAAAACUGGAAAAAAUACAUUUUAAGAUGAAAUAGCUGGAAUAUAUAUUCUGGAUGUAUUACUGCACGUAGGUGAUGUUUUGUAAACACAAUUGGAAACUCAAAAGGAAUGUUUUAAAUAUAUUGUUUUAAUUGUUUUAUAUAUGUUUUAAUUGUUAAUACUAUGGAUUCCAUCUUUUCCUAAACAUAUAUUUGUCAUUAACUAGCUUGCAAAAUGGUACAUUGUGUAAUGCUUUAAAUAUGAUUUAAAAUAAUCUCCAUGUCCUAAUAAGAUUCUUUGGGAGAAUGGGAAAAAGUCAAGCAUUUAUGAUGCUUUUAACACUCAUAUAGUGAGAGCAAAAGCCAAAGCUAAUACAUGUUAAGAUGCUCUUCAUCUACUCUGAUAUAAAUUAUCUUAUGAUUGCUGUUUCAAACUAAUCUUUAGAAAGUAAAGGAAAAAUCAGUAUUAUUUUCAGUCCAGUAAAUAAAGAAGUGUACUUAAACUCAUUUUUAGCCUGUUAUUAGAACACGAAGGCAGUGAUUUUUAGCACUUGUAUAGGACAAGAGAGGGAACUGACUAACGUUAGUUAUAUCUGAUUGUUUUGCCUCCUACAAAAAUAUUAGUACAUGGGUAAGUGUUAUUAAAGCAUUUCAUUAUAUUAUAUUGAUGUUGAGAGGUCAAUUAGUGUUGCCACUGGUGGAAAAAUCAAGUCCAAAACAGCAGGGGAGGAGAGGGUGUUAGAUGAUUUCAACAAAAAUACUGGACACGCUUAAUAAAUAUUUGUGGCCCAUGUGUGGACCACGUGGCUUGGCAAGGCAGUUUGGUGAGCAGA